UUCCACGGAAUAAAUUCAGAUUUUGCGUCUGUAAAAAAAAAGAGUCCGCAAGCAGAAAGACAUUAAUUGAUUUACGUUAGUGCGCACACGGAAUGAAAAUUUUCACAAUCAUAAAGUGAUGCGGAGUGAAAGGUCGCAACGGGUCGAUCCUAAUCGUGUAUUCAUCACUCAUAGCGCGUUUGUUAUCGUGUGAAAUAGGAGAGAGAGAUGAGAUAAAGACAUGUACAUCCGUUAGUUGUAACAUAAAUCAGAGGUCCUUGCUCCGUGAUGCGUGUCCAAGAAGAUGCAGUCCUUGACCUGGUGUCUGGUAUUGGCGGGAUGCCUCGCCUUUGCCCAUGCUCAUACGUAUCACAUGGGUGCUUGCCCGAUUGUGGAGCCUAUGCAGGGUUUCCAGAUGAGUAGAUUCCUAGGCCUGUGGUACGUUAUCCAGAAAACGUCGACGGGUAGCAAGUGUAUCACUUACAAUUACACACGAGGAGAGGAGCCGGGCGAGUACGUGAUAACGCAGGACUCGGAUCAUCUGAUUCUGGGUCUUACGCCAUUGAAGCACGAGUAUCAUUAUACUGGCCAACUGACUGUACCCGAACCAAGUACCCCGGGACGUAUGGAAGUCCGUUUCCCUCUUAAUGUGGCCGGAAGCGCGUCCCACGUGAUAUUCUUGACAGAUUACGAUACUUACGCCGGCAUAUUCACGUGCCAGAAGCUGGGUUUCGCUCAUCGUCAGAGCGCGACGAUUCUCUCGAGGACCAGGACGCUGGAUCAGUUUGAGGUGGACAAGAUACGUCAACGGUUGAGCCUGUCCGGCGUCGAUCCGUACGAUUUGAGCAUUAUUUCACAGUCCGGCUGCCCGCAAGGCAACAAUACUCUAGAUAUCAACAUCGAUCCCAACACCUUCACUUCUGAGAAUUUCGGCAAUGUGGUGCGCAAAGCGGGCGAGAAGAUCGGCGACGGUGUCCAGUGGAUCGCUCAGACCGGAAGCCAGGUCUAUCACAAGAUAGCCGGAACGGAAGAGACUAAGACGGAAUCGACGGCGGCACCGAACGGCCGCGUCUUAAAUAACGGCGAAAGAAUGGAGACUAAUGAGGUGGAGUGGAUUCCUUAAAAAGCGAACUCGUCAUCGCGCUUUUCGUUUGGCGAUCUCAAUGCGAUCUGAUGUCCGUCUUAUUCGAUUGAUAGAUCUGUUAAAAUUACAUUCUUCUAGAUGCAUGUUUGACUUUCUGCUAUUUUAUUUGGCGACGUAUAACGAAUUUGAAUAAAAAUAAAAUUGAUGACAAAGAAAGGAAUUAGAAUUGAUUGACCGAUUAAUGUACAUCAUGGACGAUUAGAGAUAAUGUUACGAGUAUGCGUCUUUAAUGUACGUUAAAUAUUCAAUAAAAUUUUAAAACAAAAAA